UGCGUGUCAGUGCAUGCUGGGUAAAAUAAGAGUCUGUGAGGGGAUACUAACGUUAGUGUUUUCAUUCUCAAACAAGCUCUAACACGCGGGGCAGACUUCGUGAGCUAUCUACGAGCAAUAAACAAAAACUUGUUACGUUUUGAGAUGGGUAACUAAAGUUCUAAUUUAAAUCCAGAUACCUGACACCAUGAAGCAGUUGCCCGCCGACACUGUGCGGCUGCUGUCGAGCUCCCAGGUCAUCACGUCAGUGGUCAACGUUAUGAAAGAACUGUUGGAAAACUCCCUGGAUGCCGGGGCGUCCAGUAUUGACGUUAAACUGGAUAAUUAUGGUCUGGACCGCAUCGAGGUUCGUGACAACGGCCAAGGAAUCAAAGCUGCGGACACUUCUGUGAUGGCUGUGAGACAUUACACGUCGAAGAUCAGCAGCCAUGAAGACUUGGAGCAUCUGGAAACGUACGGCUUCAGAGGAGAAGCCCUGGGCUCCAUCUGUGCUGUUGCCGAGGUGGCUGUCACAACCAAAACAGUGACGGAUGAUGUCAGCAUCCAGUACACGCUGAACUUCACGGGGGAGAUCGUUUCUCAGAAGCCGUCCCACUUAGGUCAAGGAACAACAGUGUCUGUCACAAAGCUUUUUAAGAACCUUCCAGUCAGAAGGCAGUACUAUUCCUCUACCAGGAAGUGCAAAGAGGAGCUGAAGAAAAUACAAGACCUGCUCAUGGCUUAUGCAAUAAUAAAACCUGAGCUCAGGCUAACCCUGGUCCACAACAAGGUGGUGGUUUGGCAGAAGCCCAAAGUGGCCGAUCUCAGAAGUGCCCUCCAUGCUGCGCUGGGGCCCAGUUCUGUCACCGACCUGCUGCCCUGUCACUAUCACCAGGAUCAGAUUUCUUUAGAAGGUCUCUUCCCAAAGGCCGGAGCCGACGUUUCUUCAACAAGUUCAUCCAGCCCUGACAGAAGUUUCAUAUUCGUCAACAAUCGGCCCGUCCACCAUAAAGAAGUCCUGAGGCUCCUGCGUCAGCACUACAGCGCUCAGUAUCCUGAUGACGUGGUCCAAAACCGAUAUCCAACACUGGUGCUGAAGAUGACAGUUCCGGCUUCUUCAGUCGACGUGAACUUGACACCAGACAAAACACAGGUUCUACUUCAAAAUAAGGAGGCCGUGCUCUCAGCACUGGAGUCCAUGCUGGUUUCCCUGUACGGCUGUCAGCGGGCCCCUGACCCUCCGGCUGAGAACUCAGUCUCACCAUCCAGUCUUCUUCAGACCAGUUCCUGUUCUGAAGAAGUGGAUAGACGCAGUGACAGCGCUCCACCUGUAGGAGCGGGCGGUGACGCCUCAGUGGUCCAGCAGACGACGAACAGCAGCUCUUCUUCCUCGGUAGCAGAGGACUGGUUUGUCAACCACGUGUCACAACCGCUCCAAUUGAACUUUGACCUUUAUGAUGAUGAAAUGACUCAAAUUUGCGCUGCAGCCACAGAAACAUGUUCAAAUAACAGUUCCCUGGAGAGACCCGACCCUGAAGUGGACCGUGACCUGGUGUCUGCACCAGGCGGCAGGACAGUCCAGCUGUCAGCCGAGGACUGGAGCCGAGGGACGGCCCUGACUGACCCGGUGUCAGGAGAACCCCUGCGGCCCGUUCAACUCCUCCAGCCCUCCAGGCUCCGCUCCUCCAGCUGUGAGGAGGUGAAGCAUCAGAGCAGCUCAAUUAAAACCACCACCAACGCCAUAACAGCCAGGUCUGACGGUCUGACGGCCUACGACCUGAUCAGCAAUCACCUGGUGAGGGCACCGCUCCCCUCGUCUGGGAAGGAGGCCAAAGCCGAGGUCCACAGAGAGGGAGUUCCAGCCAGCCCGCAGGAUAUCAGUGACACGGCUCAACAGAGGCGGAAAAAUGCUCAGGAGGUCGGCCGUCGGAAGUGCGAGGAGACGGCAUCAAACCACCCUGAUCCGUCCACUAAAUCUGUCCCUGUCGAAGUACCCAAGACCCCGAGGACCAACACCUCUAGGGUCCAAGUGCACGGUCAGAAGCGCAGAGCUCCCCUGUCCAACCAGCAGCUGCUGGAUGAGCUCUUCUCCGCUCAGCCUCAGAAAAAAAUGAAGAACACCGAAGCCAAGCCCUGGCAGCCCCUCCUCUGCAGCGUGGCUGCCCUUCGGCUGCGGCUUCAGCGCCUCUCGUCCCAGAGCGGCGCAGAGCCGGGGGGCCUCCGUCUUGUAAAUCCACUGGCCUCUCAGAACGCCUGGGUCAUUUUAUGUGGUCAGAGGCUCAUGUUGUUAAACCCGUUCCGAGUGGAGGAAGCCUUGCUGUUUAAGAGACUUCUGGAGAAUAAUAUACUUCCAGCUGAGCGUCUGCAAAACCCUAUAGAGUUAACAGAUGGACUUCUUGGAGGAGCUGAAUUUACUGAGGCUUUGUGCGACAUGAAGAAACAAAGUCCCGACUUAAACGGACACGUGCUGUUCUCCGAUCCCAGGCUUGUUGCCAAUGGCUUUCAGAUCAGAAUGACUGCAGAUGUCACAUCAGCCCAGAGACAUCUGGAAGUGACGGCAAUGGCAGACUGCGUGCCGUUCAUCAGCGUGGACGACCUCAGGGAGAUCCUGACCGCAGUCCUUCACAGGAAGGCCAGGACUGUGCAGGAGUGCCGGCCACUCAAAGUUACAAACUACCUGCAAGGGGAAGCAGUGCGACUUUCCAGGCAGCUGCCUACAAAUCUUUCCAGGGAGGAUGUGGAGGACACACUGGUACGCAUGAAGCAGCAGCUCGGUGGGAACAGCAGGACCUGCAUCCACGGAAGGUCAUUUCUCCAACACCUGUGUGACGUGCCUUCGACAGAGGACGAGGCGAAGGCUCAGCUGAGGCCUUUAGGACUGUAAAAGACAUGGGGGUAUCAUCGGGAGACGGGGGUUUCCAUAAUCGGCCGUCCUUAUUCUCCUCGGAGGAACAUCUAUUCUUCAUCACUGUCAGCUCCACGUCCCAGGAGAGACCGCGCUCGGCCGUCUCAGACCUUGGACGCUGCAGUGUUGUGGUUUUCUCUUUCCACACCCAGCUCCUCCUCGCAAACAAACACUGACAUUCAGGAAUUUAGUAAACAUGGCUGAAGUGUCCGCUAAUCUGUCUUCGCUCCAAACUUCCAGUAGCUUAACAAAGUCAUUAAUCACACGACAGCUUCCCAGUGGUGACUGUCAGCUUAGGAGUAGGAGUAGUGAUUCCUUAUCCCUAAGUGAAAAAACAAGCAAAGUGCAGACGGGACGGAUAAAUCACCGCAGAAGUGAAGACAGUUCGCAUUCAGCGGUUGGCCAUCUGGCACCGACCGGCUCCAAACCUGGUUGAUUUUAUUGAUUUUCAUUACGUUCCAUCGACCGGAGAGAGACUUUCACAAACAACCUGUCAAUCCAACCGCGGCAGAACCUUCUCUGCCGGUUGUUCCUUGGUACUGUAUGUGGUACUGUUGGGUAGUGCGCUGGGAGUCGGUGUCUAUUUUCAGAGUCUGAACCAGUCGUUCUAACUCAGGACGGUCAUCAUGUGAGUUGAGCUCAGUCACUGUCAAUCAAACGGAUUUGACCUGGACACAGUAAGGUGGAGUGAACCCAUGAUUGAGCCAACCGUAGACAGCUGUCGACCACAGCCAAUGAGAAAGAGAGACUGGGACACAAGGAGUAGAGUCAAACACAACAGGAAGUAGAGUCAGAAGACAGCAGGAAGUAGAGUCUGAGGACAACAGGAGGUAGACAAAACAAAGAUGAUGAAGAGUGACAGUUGGGAGACUGAUGGAGAUGUGGCAGGAGCACCGGUGUCAGAGGUCAAAGGUUGAUGUCUUCGGUUGUCUUUGUCCAAUCCUGUCGUCAUCAUUGUGAGACUCGAACAACAACAUGUUGAAACCAGUCUGAGUCUAGACCUUUGUGGUUCCCAAAGUAGGGGGCAGGCCACUCAUAAGGGACAUGGAGCUUUUACUGUGUUAAUAGAAAGUAACUGUUCGUAUAAACUAGAGUACUUUUUUUGUGAAUAUUUGACGGAAACGCUUGGUUUGAAAUCUACAAAAGGGGGCGCUGCAGAAAACAUUUGUGAACCACUGUUCUGUUCUGUAACAGGAUUUAGUCUUCUUGAGUGUCCGUUACACUGUCCAGUUAGACCCAACCUGAAGAACUGACCGACCCAGCGACCGACAUCCCCACACUUUGAACCAACUGAGGAUUUUAUUGGUAUCUUUAUUGAUGUAGAAUCAUUCCUGUUCUUGUUCGGAGCUGCCGUCACUCUCUUCAGCCCGUCGUGUUGACAAGCACGACCUUCGCCCCAGAGUGAUCUGUCAGCAUGAACACUUCUCCAGGUGUUGGUCUUCAAACAUCUGGUAAAGACAGUAAAUGUCCCAGGAUGCACCUGACAAAACCCUUUUCUCUCUGCUCCUAUUAUCCCUCUCUUCACGGACACUUGUGCUCCGCUACGGACUCAGGAAAAACAAAGAUGUCAAGCCAGCAUGCAGUACCUGCAAUUACCACUGAUGGUAAUCGCAGCGACUGGACUGAUCAUUUUUCUGCUCAUCUGACUUUACAGCUCAUCUUGGUCCUGUGAUCUGGACUUUAGGUCUGAGAUGUUUACGUUUUUGUGUUUUAUCUGAGUUAAUUCAGUUUAAUGUUGAAAAUAAACUUUACCAAAACAAA